AACUUAGAUUUUUUUGUAUUGUUCCAUUAGUUUGUUCUUUUGUUUGUGCUUCACUGGUUCCAUUCAGCCAUUGUUUUAACCGGAGUUAGUUUUACAAUAUGAAACAGAGACAGUGAUGCGAAUCACGCAAAGUUCAAAGCUUGCUUCCCACUUGCAGUGACUGCUAUCCCCUCUGGGAACUAUUGGUCCAGAGAGAUAAUCCUCAGAGCUUGGGGAGGUUUUGUGGCUUCAUUUGCUCUUAUAAUUUCACUUUCCAUUUCUUUAUUUGGAUCUCCAUGUUGGGUUCUUACUGUUUUUUGUUUGAAUUCUAGAGAGUGCUUUCUGGGAUUUGGAAUUGGGGUUUGUUUUUGUUACUUUGGAGGUGGGUUUUGUUUGAAGUUUAUAAUUUGGAAACCCACAUAAAAAUCUGGAGUUUUGAGGACUAGAACUAGAUAAAUUUUGGGUUUGUGAAGUGGUUGUUGAUUGUGGAGGAUAGAAAUUGAAAGUGGAGAUAAAGUAUAAAUGUUCUCAUGAGUAUUUUUCAGUAUAGUCAAUUUUGAAAGCUGGGUUUGGUUGCUGAAGCUAGAAGUUGAGGGAAGUUGCCGCAUCUUCAGGUUAUGUAAGAAUCUUUUGCACAAACCAUUUGCUAUUCAGAGGAGGAUUUUGUUGCAACGGGCUGAUAUAUGAAUUCAAAUACAUGUUAAGAGGCUUGGAGAUUAGAGUCUUCCACUGAGACUGUUAACUUCGAUUGGAACAUUUAGUGUCAGAGAUGUUUGAUGGAAGCUUGACAAUGUCUUUGCAGAUGCUAAAUUACCCAUCUCACCGGCUAGGCUACAUAAACAUGUACAGGAAUCAUAAUAAGUCAAGGUUUAGUCCAAUUCUGGCUAUGUCCUCUUCAUCAAUUCUCUUUAACACUGAUGAAAGCGAUAAAUUUUCUGAAUCCAAGGGCAGAUCUGGUUCAAGUGUAGCUUUGCUAAGCAACUCUGCUGGCUCCUUGCUUAGUCAACCAAAUACCGUGGGUAUAAUUGGAGGUGUAUCAGUUGAUUCUACACUAAGUUUCUUGCAAAAACUAGUUCUGGGAAGUUCAAAUGAUGAAGAGAAUCACUUGCCUUUUGUUCUUUGCUCUGAUCCAAUGUUGAACAGAGAGCUUUUAUCCCUAGAAAGGAAUUCUUCUCCUUCUCUGUGCAGUGCAAAUAAGCAUUCACAAUUUGAUCAUAACCAGAUUGUGGAGAAUUUAAGAAGUAAAAGGAUUUUCCUUGAGAAAUCCGGAGCUCGUUGCAUUGUAAUGCCUUGUCAUAUUUCACAUUCAUGGCAUGAAGAAGUAUUUAAGGGAUGUUCUGUUUCAUCCCUUCAUAUGGGUGAAUGUGUUGCCAGGGAGCUCAAGGAAGCCAAUUUGAAGCCACUGGAAGCUGGAAGUCUUUUGCGCAUUGGGGUCCUUACUACAAAUGCUACUUUAAUGGCUGGUUUUUACCAGGACAAACUAAAGAAUGAGGGUUUUGAGGUUGUGCUGCCGGAUAAGGCAACCAUGGAACAUACUGUAAUUCCUGCAAUUGAUGCUUUAAAGAGAAAGGACAUGGAAGGAGCACGGACUCUGCUAAGAAUUGCACUUCAGGUUCUUCUGGUGAGGGCUGUUAACACUGUUGUUCUUGCAUCUGAUGACAUGCGUGAUCUUUUGCCUCCAGACGAUCCUCUUCUUAAAAAGUGCUUGGAUCCAAUGGAUGCAUUGGCUAGGGCAACUAUCAAGUGGGCGCAAGCUGGUGGACAAGUUACAUAAGGAUUAUGAAUGAAUAUGCAGUUAUGUUAAUUAUCUAUGCUUUAUAGUUUUUGUUUUUAAUUUGUUUACUGGUGUCCAAAUCAUUCCUGUAGAAUAUAUAUGGCUGAAGAGUGGAUGCAAUAUUGUUGUGUAUUUUUUCCUCGACCAAAAGGGUACAAGAAAAGAUCCAAGGGCUU